GCGUCAUCUAGCCCAGACAACAAGAUGACGUCAAAACGUGCAUUACCAGAUGAUAAUACUGCGAGCAACGAUGUGUUGCUAGGCAACGAAUCUGACGUCACAUGUGGUUGGUUUAAUUGGCGACCAAAAUGUCUUCAGGUAUUUAGCUCGGCCAAGUGGCUGGUGGCCUUCCUAUGCAUCGCCAACUGCGCCCAGUCCAUGGUGGCCGGGGGUCUCCUCUCAACUGUCAUAGGGACGCUGGAGAAGCGGUUCCAACUCACGAGCACCCAGACCGGUAUCAUCUCGUCCAGCUACGACAUGGGGACAGUCCCCGCCCUCUGCGUCAUUGCCAUCAUAGGGAGACGAACCAACAGGCCGCGGUUCAUAGCGGCUGGCCUAACCCUGGUCGCCAUAGCAACCUUUAUGUUCAGUCUUGGUCAUUUUACAACAGGACGAUAUGUGUCGACUGCGGCGUCAUCUGUUGACGAGAAUAUUUGCGUUUUGAACUCCACGUCUACUGCAGGGUGUGGCCGGGAAGAGUUGGCUGAUUUCUCAGGAAAAGGAUUGUCGAAUUAUUUUUAUUUGUUCGUUUUGUCGUAUUUCCUUGUUGGAAUAGGGUCCUCCCCAAUAUAUACCGUGGGUGUGACAUUCAUGGACGACUGUCUCACCAAGGAGAACGCUUCUUUUUGUAUAGCCGUAUUCUACGCCACUGGUGUUCUAGGCCCGGUGCUGGCCUACAUCCUUCAGGCGGUCAUCGUGGAGGAGGUCUACGUGGAUGCGGACGUUCUGAGCGCAGCAAGUUUAUCUGUAGAGAAGGGGAGCAACGCCUGGCUCGGCGCUUGGUGGAUUGGGUAUAUUAUAGCAGCGUCUCUUGUGGCGAUGAUGAUUCUCCCUAUAGGUGGACUUCCGCAAGACAUGCCAGGUGCAGUCGCCAUUCCCGGUGCAGUGGGAGGGACAGUGGCAGGUGGAAUCGUCAUCAAGCGGUACCGUAUGACCUGCAAGACCAUUCUGAAAACGAAUUUCUUUCUCGUCUUCAUUUCUCUGCUGUUCGUCCCUGUGUUCUUUCUACAGUGCCCAAAUCUGGAGUUUGCUGGGAUAACAACGGGAUAUCACAAUGGCAGUGACGUUGGCUUCACCAGUGCAUGUAACACAGAGUGCGGCUGCUCUGCUCUCCAGUACAACCCUAUCUGUGGAUCAGACCUGGUCACCUACUACUCCCCCUGCCACGCAGGCUGUCUUAACUGGACCACGAUAGGGGGCGCCAAGACGUAUACGAACUGCAGGUGUGUAGCAGCGAGUCCAUCAGUGAAUGCGACUGCCGUGGACAAUGCCUGUACUGGCCUGUGUCCAGUGGCGCCAUUGGUCGGCUAUCUGGUCAUACUCCUCAUACUUAUGUUAUUGGUGUUUGCCGCCAGUGUUUGCGGAAUUAUGGGAACGUUAAGGUCAAUCCCGAGCUCAGAGAGGGCAGUCGGGAUAUCCGUCCAGUGGAUUCUUCUAAGGAGUUUUGGUUUUAUCCCCGGUGGCAUUGCCUUCGGGCAUUUCUUCGAUAAAACAUGUCUUCUGUGGCAGACGACAUGCGAUGAAUCAACAACCAGUGCUUGCCUCUUUUACGACAACUGGUCUCUAGGUGUGCACAUGCUGAUAGUUUGCGGUGUAUUAAAGACAACCUCUCUGUUAUUCGUCACGCUGGCAUGGAAGCUUUAUAAACCACCUCUGCCGCCAGAUUUAAAUUACGACAAUGGUCAGGCGGUCAAUGAAGAGACAGACAACACUCGCUUGUGAUACAUGUCGUGCUCUCCGAAAACAUGCGAUCACCAUGAAUUUCCUUUAUGAGCACAUUCUGUUUUUAAGUUAUGUAUACUGACAGAGAAAGGCAUCUUCUUCAGGUCAUAUGUGACAUUUUAUAAACAGUAUUUUACUUAACAUACAGUACAUGUAGGCGGAGCAGGCUU